AUGUCGAGCAGAACUCCUGACCUCAUCUCAAACCAGCCCGCGCCAUUUGCUACUGGUACCAAAGCGCGACCACGCACACCUACACCAUACACACUGCCUUCGAAAACGUCCGCCGACAAGACAGCCUCCGACACACCCAAUUCUGACAACCCGCGACAGGCCCGUCCGGGCCAGAAGCGCAAGCACUAUACCUCCGACGGCGACUAUUGCGACGAUCCAUGGCCACGCAAGAUGCGGAAGAUCAGGCCUGCUGAAGAGGGUGAAUAUCCGGGUUUCAUUGAGAUGUCGGUCGUCGAUUCCAGUCUAGCAUCUGCUAUCAAGCUAGAAGAUCUGGCGCUGAAGGAAACCGGAUUCGAGAAUCUUUUUUUAUUGGACCAUCCCGAGUUGACGACCAAUAGCCAAGCUGGAGAAUUGUUCGACGACACUUACGGUACUCUCUACAAAUACACCGCAAAGUAUGCUUUGGCUUAUUACAAUGCGUCCGAGGCGCGUGGGGACUUCACUCGGACCCCAGAUGAUGACGCUAAAUACGUGCGAGAGCGCGGAAGAGAGCAGGAGAUUGCGAAACAAGAAGGAUAUCCGGAAGACCCAGAUGAUAAGGCACGUACACAUAUUCGGACCUGCACAACCGAAGCACAACAAGCAUAUGUCGACAACUCCACAGUUCCUCCAAUCUCAGACGACACAAUUGCCUCGCCCCCGAAACGCCAGUGCCGCAACGCCAAGGCGAAAGUCUCCUUCAACUCUGAUGCGCAAGUCUGCAUCGAGAAUGAUGUCGAUAGACUCCGCAAGCAAGCCUUCAACUCCACUUGCACUUCCACACCCAUCGGUAUCGUCCGCACGGCUGCGUCACCAAGCGAAGCCGAUGCCAGUCUUGGGUCUCGCUUCAACACUGACCCUCGACGCCGAUUUUACACUAUUCCUACUAACCAAACCAAUGAUGGCCGGCAUAUGUAUUCGUAUAACCGAAGGUCAAGCAGCUAUGAGUCGGGUCAGUGGGCAACAUCACCAGGCUCGCCAGCUGUCGACACUAGCGGAUAUCGGAUGUGUAAGAAGGACCCAAAGAUUUGGGAUAGAUAUUGCAAGUCGCUGCAGUAUCAGGCAGCGACAUGGGACAGGAGUGACAAAAUGAACGUGGGUAUUUAG